UUCUAUUUUGUAAAAUAUAUUAAAUUAAAAGAAAUAAAACGAGUGGAAGAAAUGAAUUGAGAGAGAUUUUGGAGUGUGGUGUCUGAAUGACAGAGUCCACAUGAACUAAGAACAAGAACACAAAAUUCCCACAUCACUUUUCUUUAUCUUUAAAGAACAACAAGGAAAGAAGACAAUGGUGGCAUGUGAAACAUGAAGAAUUGUACUGUAUUAUUAUGCAUCUUCAAUGGCAUCAUGUCAUAAUGCCUUUUCAUUUUCACCAACCACACUAUUCCCUGCCAUGUUAAAGCCUUCUUCUUCUUCCAGAUUCAGACCCAUUCUCUUCUCCUCCAUCACUACUAAUUCUUCCACACCAUCCUACAACUCCCUUGUUUCUGAGACUGUUAGGCUUUUGGGUCCUCCAACAAAAUUUGAAGCUUCAAAACUGAAGGUUGUUCUAUUGGAAGAUCAGAUAAAUAGAUAUGCAAGUAUUAUUCCAAGAACAUACAUUCUAUCCCACUGUGACUUAACAGCUAAUCUCACUUUAGCUGUUUCCAAUGUCAUCAAACUAGAACAGUUGAGAGGGUGGUACGAGAAGGAUGAUGUUGUGGCUGAAUGGAAGAAAGUGAAAAAUGACAUGUGCCUACAUGUUCAUUGCUUUGUCAGUGGUCCUAAUCCAUUCCUGGAUCUGGCUGCUGAAUUUAGAUACCACAUAUUCUCCAAGGAAAUGCCUUUGGUACUCAAAGCAAUUCAAUGUGGAGAUUCUGCACUUUUCCAUGAGCAUCCAGAAUUGCUGGAUUCUAUAGUUCGAGUAUAUUUUCAUUCUAGCUCAAAAAAAUACAAUAGAAUGGAAUGUUGGGGGCCUUUAAAGGAUGCCAUGGAGGGAAACCAAGCGAAUCAAUUACAAGGGUUGAUAAACAGAGAUCGUCCCCCUGAAAAGUGGAGAAGUCCAAUGUCCAUCUUCCAAGCUCUUUUUGCUUUUCUUCUUUGAAAUGUAUUAUCGGUAACUUGGUUCAUUUGUUUAUAUCCCGAUUCUUUCCAAAGCUCAGAACUUCGGGUGGUUUAGACAAAGCAAAGCUCAGCUUGCAACAAUGAACUUUUCUCUAAGAAGAAAAUGUAAAAUUGCAAAAAAGCAUAUUUGUUGUGCAACAAAGGAAAUUUGCUUAUUAAGAAUUAUGUAAUUAUUAUUGAGUAAAGGUAUUAUCACAUUGGAUUAAAUUCCAUUCAAA